CGCGAAGGCUCUUAUAAUUGCUUUGUAUAAAUACUCAUUUGAUUCGUUCAAGGCUGCGUAGCCAAGAUCCUCACUUUUAUCACACACAUCUACCAUUUUUGUCACCAAAAAGUUGCUCUGUGAAAGUUAGUACUUGAUAACGUGAGUAUGGAUACUCUUCAACUCUACAAUGUCUUUUCAGUUCAGCAAAAUGUGCACAAGUAAAUUCUCUAGUUCUCUGAUUUUCAAGCCACCAAUUCUUGUUGCCAUUGCUUUCGGUGUUCUUGGUAAUCAAUGAAUAGGGUGUUAAAUGAGAGGCAGAAAUUUGCAAACUUUUUGCGGUUUUGUUCAAAAAGUUUGUUACUUUAUCAAGGAAUGCAAGUACAUGGAGCUUUAGUGAAAAUGGGGUUUGGUUUUGACUUGAUGUUAAGCAAUGAUCUAAUAGUUAUGUAUGGAAAAUGCGGUAGACUAGGUGUUGCUUGUGAUAUGUUUGAUAGAAUGCUCAAAAGAAAUGUGGUUUCUUGGACGGCUCUUAUGUGCGGGCACAUACAAAAUGGGAACCCGCUAGAGUCAUUAUUACUAUUCUCCAAAAUGGGCUUAUCGGGUGUGAAACCGAAUGAUUUCACCUUUUCAACGAAUCUUAAAGCCUGUGGUUUGUUGAAUGGCCUAGAUAUUGGGAGACAAAUUCAUGAUAUUUGUGUGAAAACUGGAUUUGAUAUGGUGAAUGUGGUAGGGAAUUCUAUCAUUGACAUGUACUCAAAAUGUGGAAGAAUCAAUGAAGCUGCCUGUAUGUUUGAAGUUAUGCCUGUAAGGAACCUUAUAAGUUGGAAUGCUAUGAUAGCAGGAUAUACUGUUGCAGGAUUCUGUGAGAAAGCUCUAGUUUUGUUUCAAAAAAUGCAAGACGUUGGGGGAUUCCUCGAUGAAUUCACGUUUACAAGCACGUUGAAAGCUUGCAGUGACCUUGGUGCAAUCAAAGAAGGAAACCAAAUUCAUGCUUUCUUAAUUACUGGUGGUUUCUUGUAUUCUGUUAAUACUGCUGUUGCUGGUGCUCUCAUUGAUUUAUAUGUGAAAUGUGGGAAGUUGUUCAUGGCGAGAACAGUGUUUAGUCAUAUUGAAGAGAAACAUGUGAUAUCAUGGACGGCACUUAUUCUUGGUUACGCUCAAGAAGGAAACUUAGCAGAUUCCAUGGACAUGUUUAGGCAGCUUAGAGAGAGCAGCAUUCAAGUUGAUGGGUUUAUUCUGUCAAGUAUGAUGGGCGUGUUCGCUGAUUUUGCACUUGUUCAGCAAGGCAAGCAAAUGCAUGCAUUUGCAAUUAAAGUCUCCUCUGGUGUAGACAUCUCAGUAUGCAACUCAAUUUUGGAUAUGUAUCUUAAGUGUGGAAUGAUAAAUGAGGCAGAGAUACUUUUCAGUGAAAUGCCUGCUAGAAAUGUGAUUUCUUGGACAGUUAUGAUCACUGGCUAUGGAAAGCAUGGUCUCGGCAUAGAGGCAAUUCGUCUCUUUGAUGAAAUGCAAUUAGAUGGUACUGAGCCUGAUGAUGUGACUUACUUGGCAGUGCUCUUAGGCUGUAGCCAUUCAGGACUAGUAGAGAAAGGUCAAGAAUACUUCUCAAGGUUAUGCAGCUACCAUGGGAUCAAAGCUAGAGUAGAGCAUUAUGCAUGCAUGGUUGAUCUCCUUGGCCGAGCUGGGCGCUUAAAAGAAGCUAAGAACCUCGUCGACAGCAUGCCUCUUGAGGCAAAUGUAGGGAUAUGGCAGACAUUGCUGAGUGCUUGCAGAGUACAUGGAGACUUGGAAUUGGGGAAAGAAGUAGGUGGCAUUCUUUUGAGGUUAGACAGUGAAAAUCCUGUUAAUUAUGUGAUGAUGUCCAACAUUUAUGCUGAUGCAGGCUAUUGGAAAGAAUGUGAGAGAAUAAGAGAAUUGGUGAAGUCAAAGAAGUUAAAGAAAGAGGCAGGACGUAGUUGGGUAGAGAUUGACAAGGAGGUACACUUUUUCUAUGGCGGAGAUGAUACGCAUCCCCUCACAGAGAAAAUACAUGAAAUCUUGAAAGAAAUGGAAAGGAGGAUGAAAGAAGAGUUAGGUUAUGUUUACGGGGUUAAAUAUGCAUUACACGAUGUGGAAGAAGAGUCAAAGAUGGAGAACUUGAGAGUUCAUAGUGAGAAGUUGGCAAUAGGGUUGGCAUUGGUUUGUGGGGGUUUAGAAGAGGGGAGAAAGGUGAUUCGUGUAUUCAAAAACUUGAGAGUUUGUGGGGAUUGUCAUGAGUUCAUAAAGGGUUUAUCGAAGAUCUUGAGAGUAGUAUUUGUGGUGAGAGAUGCAAAUAGAUUUCACAGGUUUGAGGAUGGCUUGUGCUCUUGCAGAGAUUACUGGUGAUUUUGUAUUACAGUCAUCUUACCCUCCUGAGAUUUCAUACCAUUUUGGGCUUGGAAAUCCCACUUAAGAGGCCUCCUUUAAUGCUGCUGUAAAAUUAGAUUCUGGCAGCCAGGAAAGAGAGGGAGGAUGGGAUACAAUAUGGAAAAAACAUGUAAUUGACCUCAUGGAGAGAUGAGCAAGCAUACAAUUUGGAAGCAAGGGAUCUUCAGGCCUAGCUUCUCCCCCCUUUCACUGUUGAGCAAGGAGUCUUGUGGCGUGCGAGCAACAGCACUGUUAUUUGUUGAAGACUUCUGUGCUUUAAAAUGCUGAAACAAGCUUUUGAAGUUUCUUCAUCUCCAUUUUUAUCUAGGUAACAAUUAGUUGAGUUGGA